AUCUAUUGACCACCCUCUCACGAUUUUACAUAUUCAAGUGUCACGUGGUUUUUCGUUCUCUUUCCCAAGUGCUCGAACCAAAGAUGUCUCACAGAAAGUUUGAGGCACCACGCCAUGGUUCUCUUGGUUUCCUGCCGCGCAAGAGAUGCAAGCGUCAUCGCGGUAAAGUCAAGUCCUUCCCCAAAGAUGACAACACCCUCCCCCCUCACUUGACCGCCUUCAUCGGCUUCAAGGCCGGCAUGACCCACAUUCUCCGAGAGGUCGAGAAACCUGGAUCUAAACUCAAUAAGAAGGAGAAAGUCGAGGCUGUCACCAUAAUUGAGACCCCACCCAUGAUGGUCGUCGGUGUUGUUGGAUACAUUGAGACCCCUCGUGGUAUGAGGGUGUUGAAGACCAUCUGGGCUGAGCAUCUCAGCGAGGAGUGCAAGCGUCGCUUCUACAAGAACUGGUGUAACUCCAAGAAGAAGGCAUUCACCAAGGCCAGCAAGAGGUGGGCUGACGAUGAUGGCAAGAAGUCUAUCGAGGAGGACUUCAACACAAUGAAGAAGUACUGCAAGGUCAUCCGUGUCAUCUGCCACACACAGCAAAAGCUGUUGAAGAUGAGGCAGAAGAAGGCACACAUCAUGGAGAUCCAGGUGAAUGGAGGUAAAGACGUCGCAGAGAAGGUCGACUGGUGCCGUGAGCGCCUCGAGAACCCUGCCCCUGUCCGCAAGGUCUUCUCCCCGGACGAGAUGAUUGACGUCAUCGGCGUCACCAAGGGUCAUGGAUUCAAGGGUGUCACCUACAGGUGGGGCACCAAGAAGCUCCCACGCAAGACACACAAGGGUCUGCGCAAGGUGGCCUGUAUUGGGGCAUGGCAUCCUGCCCGUGUAUCUUUCUCUGUCGCCCGUGCUGGUCAGGCUGGUUAUCAUCACCGUACUGAGCUGAACAAGAAGAUCUAUCGUAUCGGCCAGGGCAUCCACAAGAAGGACGGCAAAGUCAUCAAGAACAAUGCUUCCACAGAGUAUGACCUGACAGACAAGAGCAUUACCCCCAUGGGUGGCUUCCCUCACUAUGGACAAGUCAACGAAGACUUCCUCAUGGUCAAGGGAUGUGUUGUUGGACCCAAGAAGCGUGUGCUCACCCUCAGGAAGUCCCUUCUGGUUCACACCAGCCGUGAUGCUGCAGAGAAGAUCACCCUGAAAUUCAUUGACACCUCGUCCAAGUUUGGCCAUGGCCGCUUCCAGCACCCUGCUGAGAAGCGUGCUUUCAUGGGCAUGCUCAAGAGUGACCGCGAAAAGGAGCUUGCUGCUGGCGCAGAGUAAACCCUUGUAACAACUUGGAGAAUAAAAUGAAACUUUAAUUUAAAAAAAA